UGAAAUAACACACACACACACACACACAGUCAUGUACAGUAUACAGACAGAAUCAACUGUCUGUUAUUCACAGACAUUAACAGAACCUCUCUCCCCUCCUCCUCUUUCUCCUCCUCUGUUCCAGGCCUGCAAGUACUACAACUCCCAACUACACGUGGUCCAUUACAAGUAUGAUGAGUACGCAGGAGAUUACAGGCUACUUCCCAGGAAGCUGUACAAGGCGGAGAAGUUGCCCUCCCACUCCUUUGAGAUUGACCAUGAGGACGCGGACAAGGAUGAGGACACAACGUCUUUGUCCUCUUCUAAAGGAGGGGGAGGCGGAGGAGGAGGAGGGAUUGGUGUGUUCCGAUCGGGGUGGCUCUAUAAAGGGAACUUCAAUAGCACUGUCAACAACAGCAUCACUGUUCGGUCGUUCAAGAGGAGGUACUUCCAGCUGACGCAGCUGACUGAUAACUCCUACAUCAUGAACUUUUACAAAGAUGAGAAGAUCUCCAAAGAGCCCAAGGGCUGCAUCUUCCUGGACUCGUGUACCGGUGUGGUUCAGAACAACCGUCUGAGGAAGCACGCCUUUGAGCUGAAGAUGAACGAGGUGACGUACUUCGUGCUGGCGGCGGAGAGCGAGCAGGACAUGGAGGAGUGGAUCAGUACCUUGACCCGGAUCCUCCAGAUCAGCCCCCACGACGGGCCCGCCCCGCUGACGCAGCUGGACCGCAAGAGUGUAGACCUUACCGACACACGGCAGGACGUGUGUGAUCUGUCUAUAAGCGACGUGUGUUUACCUGAGAAUGAAGAGACGACAGAGAGCGGCAUCAACCCUGAGCUGGCUAAGUAUAUCUCUGAAACUGAGGAGUUGGUCCGAUCGGCCAGACGAGAAGAGAGGCUCAACCUGUUCUCCCUGGACCCUGACUCCCGGUCCCCUGUAGGGGUUAACACACCCUACACCCAUGUGUUGAGGAGUCCGCGGGGCGAGCACCCUAGAGGUGAAGGCCACCCAGUCCGUCCCUUCGAGGAGAAGCUGGGGAGGAGGCUGAUGAUCACCUGUCGAUCCCUCAACCUGACGCUGCAGGGCUGCAUCAAUGAGACCGAGACUGGUCCGGUCACCAACAUUGAGCCCUUCUUUGUGACUUUGGCCCUGCUGGAUGUGCGGGAGGGGAGGAAGGUGUCGGCCGACUUCCAUGUUGACCUGAACCACGAGACGGUGCGUCAGAUGCUGGGUGGGGCUGGGUCGGGAGGGCCCGGGGCGGGGCAGGAGAAUGGACUGAGCUCCCCUGCAGAGAAGAGACCUGGAGACUGUCACCUCAGCCUGGACCUGGACGACUGGCUCCGCUUCCCCAAACAGGCCAUCUUCUCAGUGACGAAUCCCCACACGGACAUUGUUCUCUUGGUGAGGGUGGAGAAGGUGCUGAUGGGAAAUAUUGCCGCGGGAACAGAGCCGUACAUCAAAAACACAGACUCGAGCAAGACGGUUCAAAAGAUGCUGAAAUCCAACAAGCAGUUCUGCAGUAAACUGGGGAAGUACCACAUGCCAUUUGCCUGGUCCAUCAGGUCUGUGUUUAAGGACAAUCAGGGGACGGUGGACCGGGAGUCUCGCUUCUCGCCCCUCUUCAAACAGGAGAGCAACAAGAUCUCCAGCGAAGAUCUCAUCAAGCUGGUGUCUGAGUACAGGAGGGCUGAGAAGACCAGUAAACUGCAGACCAUUCCAGGGAACCUGGACAUCACAGUGGACUAUGUCCCUAUGGAGCAUCCAAACUGUGUGACGUCAUCCUACGUGCCGGUCAAGCCCUUCGAGGACUGCAGCCAGCACCAGGCCACCGUGGAGGUGGAGGAGUUUGUCCAGGACUCCACCAAGUUCACCCAGCCACACCGCRUCUACAAGAACCACGUCUACGUCUACCCCCGACACCUCAAAUACGACGGCCAGAAGAGCUUCGCCAAGGCUCGUAACCUUGCAGUCUAUGUGGAGUUUCGGAGUUCGGAUGAGGAAGUUGCCAAACCUUUGAAGUGCAUAUACGGCAAGCCUGGAGGUCCAGUUUACACCACAGCAGCCUGUUCCAUAGUCCUUCACCACUCCCAGAACCCAGACUUCUAUGAUGAGGUGAAGAUUGAGUUGCCCACCCAGCUCCACGAGAAGCACCAUCUACUCUUCUCCUUCUACCAUGUGACCUGUGACAUCAACGCCAAGACCAACUCCAAGAAGAAGGAGGCCCUGGAGACCCCAGUGGGCUACUCGUGGCUGCCUCUGCUCAGAGAGGGUCGCCUGGCCUCACAGGAGUUCAACAUCCCUGUGUCCUGUAGCCUGCCCCCUGGAUACCUGCUCGUCAAAGAACCCGGAUCUACUAAGAACGGCUCGGAUCUGAAGUGGGUGGACGGAGGUAAGCCCAUAUUCAAGGUCUCCACCAACGUCCUCUCCACAGUCUACACUCAGGAGCCCCACCUGAAUCGCUUCUUCCAGCAGUGCCAAAAACGAGAGACGGACCUCUCCCAAUCACCUACCUCAAACUUCCUCAACUGCCUGAAGGGCUUACUGAGCAUUGAGAAGAUUCCGGUGAUAAUUCGUUUCCUGCCGGUGCUCUUCAACCAGCUGUUCAAGGUCCUCACCCAGAACGACAACGACGAAGUCACCACCACCACCACCAGGGUGCUGGUCCACAUUGUUGCUAAGUGCCAUGAAGAAAACCUAGACCACUACCUGCACUCCUACAUAAAGUUUGUGUUCAAGGCGGAGUCGCACGGCUUCCGGACGGUCCACGAGGAGCUGGCCAAGGGCAUGACCUCUGACCUGAAGAGCAACGAGCAGCCGGCCGUCAGGAACAUCCUCAGGUUUUCCUGGUUCUUCUUCGAACUCAUUGUCAAGUCCAUGGCCCAGCAUCUAAUGGAUUCAGACAAUGUCAAGCUCCCUCGACCACAGAGGUUCCCUUCAACCUACCUGAGUCGUCUGGAGAGCCUGGUCAUGACCGUGUCCGACCACAUCUUCUGGAAGAACAAGGAGCUGGCAGAGGAGACCCGCAGUGCAAACCUGGCCGUGGCAGCCUUUGUCAAGCGUUGCUUCACCCUCAUGGACCGAGGGUUCACCUUCAAGCUGAUCAGCAACUAUGUCAACAUGAUCACAGCCACUGACAACAAGGUGCUGUGUGAGUUCAAGUUUGAGUUCCUGCGAGAGGUGUGCAACCACGAGCACUACAUCCCUCUCAGUCUGCCCCUCCCUUCCGCUCGCAUCACAGACAACGCAUCACAAGAAACGCAAAGUGCUCAGGUGGAUGUGCCGGAGUACAGCCUGACGGGCGAGUUCUGCCGGAAGCACUUCCUGACGGGCUUGUUGCUACGGGAGCUGGGCCUGGCGUUGCAGGAUGAGCAGGACCUGCGCCACCUGGCCCUCGCCAGCCUCAAGAACCUGAUGGCCAAGCACUCGCUGGACGCCCGCUACGCCAUGAAGGAUAAGCAGGCGAGAAUAGCGUCCCUCUACCUGCCUCUGUACGGCCUCAUCCUGGACAACAUGCCUCGCUUCUUCCUCCGAGACCUCUUCCCCAUCUACUUCACCUCCAGUGACCAAGGUUCAAGAGAUGACCUGAGUGUGGGAGGGGGUGUGGCAGGUCCUGUGGCUCACGUCAUUCGCCAUGGUAACUCGGUGGAUGCCUCCUUUUCCAAAGAAGUGCUCAACUCCAUCACAGCCUUCUCCUCCCUGGCUGUUUCCACGGGUAACCAUGCCGACUCACGGGGUUCUCUGAUCAGCAUAGAGUCCAACCCCAGCACCAGUGACAGGAACAGCGAGAAGAUGGACGGAUGUGAAAAGUUUGCCCGGCCUCAGUCUCUGAUAGGCUUUGGAUCUCGCUUUGACAAGCUGGACCAGGCCGAGACGCGCAGUCUGCUCAUGUGUUUCCUCCACAUCAUGAAGACCAUAUCGGAGGAGGUGAUGGUUCCUACUGCACCGAGGCCAUACACCAGAGAUCUCCGACUUCUUCAACAUACUGGAUGUCAUUGGCUUGUGAACAGGAAGCUAGCAGCCGCGGUAAAGCUGGCCCAGGCCACCCAGAACAAUGGCACCCUGAAGGGCUCUAACCAUUCCACCCAGUCCUCCUCAGGCCUGCUCCCUCAAUGGAUGAUGUCAGGACAGGACGGCCAUCGGCACGCACGCUCCCAGACCAUGCCCAUCAUCCGGGCCAAGAACGCCCUGACCAACCCCAAGCUGCUGCAGAUGAUGGAGACAGAUGGGAACAUCCCAGAGGGUGACCACCUGAGCCCGACGGACAUCGAGGCCAAUCUGUCCACCGAGGUGGCCCUCAUCGUACUGGAUGUUCUGGGCCUCUUUGUCCAUCACCACAAGAAACAGUUACUGCAGGACGAGGGUCAGAACCUGCUGAUGAGGAAGGUGUUCGACACCUACCUCCUGUUCUUCCAGAUCAAUCAGUCCACCAGCACCCUGAGACACGUCUUUGCUGCCCUGCGCCUCUUCAUACAAGAAUUCCCCUCUGCGUUCUUCCAGGUAAGCGACUGUUGUGGCUGCCGUGUGCUACGAGAUCUGAAGUGUUGUAACCCCCGCUCCAGCCACCCAGCACUGCAGGCCUCUGCACUUCUCUACUUCUUCAUGAGGAAAAACUCUUGAGUUCACCAAGGGAAGUCCAUCGUCCGCUCCCCACUUCAGUUGAUCAAGGCAGUGAGUCAGCUGAUAGCGGAUGCUGGCAUCGGGGGCUCACGCUUCCAACAGUCUCUGGCCAUCAUCAAUAACUUUGCCAACGGAGAUGCUCCUCUCAAGAACACACCGUUCCCUGCCGAGGUGAAAGACUUGACCAAGCGGAUCCGCACGGUGCUGAUGGCCACGUCCCAGAUGAAGGAGCACGAGAAGGACCCGGAGAUGCUGGUGGACCUGCAGUACAGCCUGGCCAACUCCUACGCCAGCACGCCUGAGCUCCGGCGCACCUGGCUGGAGAGCAUGGCCAAGAUACACGUCCGCAACGGAGACCUCUCCGAGGGUGCAGAGAUGUGCGGCCAUGUGUACAUCCACAUCUCCGCCCUGAUCGCUGAGUCCCUCAAGAGGAGAGCGUCGUUCUCCAUGGGCUGGGCGGCCUUCCUGUGCAUCUCACCAAACGUGAAGGAAGAGGGGGCCAUGAAAGAGGACACAGGGACUCAAGAUACCCCCUACACCGAGGAUACUCUAGUGGAGCAGCUGGAGCUGUGUGUGGACUACCUGUGGAAGUCUGAGAGGCACGAGCUCAUCGCCGAUAUCAACAAGCCCGUCAUUGCCGUCUUUGAGAAGAGACGAGAUUUCAAGAGGCUAUCGGAGCUGUACUACGACAUCCACCGCUCCUACCUGAAGGUGACAGAGGUCGUGAACUCUGAGAAGCGUCUUUUUGGCCGAUACUACCGCGUGGCGUUCUAUGGACUGAUUGCGGGUUUCUUUGAGGAGGAGGAGAGUAAAGAGUUCAUCUAUAAGGAGCCCAAGCUGACAGGGCUGUCCGAGAUUUCCCAGAGGCUCCUCAAACUCUACUCGGACAAGUUUGGGGCCGACAACGUCAAGAUGAUCCAGGACUCCAACAAGGUAAACCCUAAAGACCUGGACCCCAAGUACGCCUACAUCCAGGUGACCUACGUAGUGCCCUACUUUGACGACAAGGAGCAGCAGGAGAAGAAGACGGACUUCGAGCGACAUCACAACAUCAAUCGCUUCGUGUUCGAGACGCCGUUCACUCUGUUGGGGAAGAAACAUGGCGACGUGGAGGAGCAGUGCAAGAGACGUACCAUACUAACCACGAACUCCACCUUCCCCUACCUGAAAAAGCGUAUCCAGGUGGUGGAGCAGCAGAGCACGGAGAUGAACCCCAUCGAGGUGGCCAUCGACGAGAUGUCCUGCAAGGUGUCCGAGCUCAACCAGCUGUGUGCCAUGGCAGAGGUGGACAUGAUCCGGCUGCAGCUCAAACUGCAGGGUAGCGUCAGCGUCAAGGUGAAUGCAGGGCCCAUGGCCUAUGCCCGAGCCUUCCUGGAAGAGAAAAAUGCCAAGAAAUACCCUGACAACCAAGUCAAACUGCUCAAGGAGAUUUUCAGGCAGUUUGCGGAGGCGUGCGGCCAGGCGCUGGACGUCAACGAGCGGCUGAUCAAGGAGGACCAGCUGGAGUACCAGGAGGAGAUGAGGGCCCACUACAGGGACAUGCUCACCGAGCUCUCCACUGUCAUGAACGAGCAGAUCCCUCACACAAGACCACCAGGAACAGAACGACACAGCGCCUUCUGAGCAGCCAGUAGGCAUGCUGGAAUCUGCCAAUGCCCAGGAGGACACGUUUCCCCAAAAUGGCUCCUGAUGACAGACGUCGUUCUUCCUCCUGCCAGGAAUUAUACAGGAAGGAGCGGGGGACUGGAACUGUGACUUUAUGGGACCUGGAAAAAAGGGAAUUGGAUGGGGAAGUCCAGAAGUCUGCAGACUUUGAUCAUGGUAGUCUGGAGUUGUGGUAGUAUGGCGUCCAGUCCUGGUGAUGAUGAUGAUGUCCAGUAGACCAGGUUGCUGUACUGUUACUUUGUUUUGUUUUUGCUCAAUCCAUGUUUUCGCUCCCCUGCCGACCGUCUCAUCUCCUUACUCUGUACACAUACACACACAGACAACACACGCCUUCUCUCCCCAGCCCCGUUCCUUUAGAAAAUGGUGACCUUAAUGAGCUCGAGGUGCGUUCAACAGAGCAAACGUUUGGUUGUAAUUCUGGCCACAACCAUGUCGAUCAUAAUUUGUCCAUAUUCUGUUGGUUAUCUUUAUGCCGCAAAUGUUUGCCACCUGUGUGGUUAGCAAUUCCAAAAGGUAUUGUAAAAUGACAGUUCAAGGAAUUCUAUAAAGGAAAUUAGGGUCACAUUCAGUAGUCAAACAUUGUUGAAUGUUGCAGAUAGAAAUAGCAUGAAUACAGCCAACAUGAUUACUUCCUCUAUAAGGCAGAGAGACAUGUUUGUUCCACAUCAUUUAUUUCUAUCAGAAUGUUCCACAUCGUUGUGUCCUGCUGAACAGAUUGACAUGUAGCCUAAUUCUUAUUUGAUUGAACACWCCUCUAGUUCCUGUUUGAAUGUAGAACAACUCUCGUAUAGCUACUUUGUAUCCUAACAUUCUGGAAUUCCCAGCUCACAAAUUUUCAAAUGGAAAGUUUAUGUUUUAUAACAUUUUUAUUAUUGAUAAUGUUGUUAUUAUUUACURUACUGUUUUAAAUUGUAAAUAAGAAUUAAUAUUUAAAAAAAUAUAUGAUUUUUUGUUUGGCUAAAUAAAAAAAAGAA